AUGGAGGAAUUUCUAACUCCCACCGAUAUCACUAUCAGUAAGCCGAACAACAGCCCUGAUGAGUGGUCAACCCAUGUCGAGGAAAAUCCUGUUGAGCCAGAUGGUGUCAUCCAGGACACAAACACCACGGAGCCCGGCUACGAUUGGCGUGAAGCCGACGUGGCUCUAAUGUCUGAAAUCCCGUCCGGUCCAACUGAUUCCAUGGUUGAAGGAUGUGUCUUUAACACAGACAAGGAACUGAUCGAAUUUUCUCCUAGUCAAUUAGCGGCCGCAGAUUCCUAUAAGCCAACCUUGAUUGCCCUCGCCGACAAAAAGUCCGACGCUGUGAAAGACCUUUGCGGUACGCAGUGGCGCAAUGCACAAUUUUGCUGGAUUCGCGGCAAAGAUCCUCGAGACAACAGGCUCCUACCUGCGAUUUGGGCCGUCAAGAAAAAUGGUGUCAAUGUGAGAGCCCGAGUCCGAGGCGGGAAUGUUGCACGCGAGCUUGCCAUCGAGUUUUCCGUCUAUCAUCAGGGUGAACCUGUUCAUCGGGCAACCCUUGAGUUCGAUGCGUGUGCCAAGAAGGGCAAGAACAAACGGGCAGCAAGAUCCUACGACGAUGAAGGCGACGCAGAUAAUGCUGAUAGCUAUGUUGUCAUGCAAUUCACCACCGAGGGAGGGGUCAGCUACGGCCUCGACUACGAUGAGUCUUUCCUUACCGCCGAUGAUCGGAUGGUGUUGUCAUAUGCCCGACUACUCAGUAUGAACUUUCGUCCUUCUCCUGAGCAGAGGCUUCCUCCAACAACCGUGUGCCUUCGCAUUCACGCCAGCCACGUCUCAUACGAUGGCCCCGCGGCGCAGAACUCACAUGCCCACCGCCUGGCUGAUCGUAAUGACCGGGUUCAGAACCUCGUCUUCUCGCUGCACCAAGACGCCAACGGAGAGCCUUGGACCGGAAAAAUGUUCUGGGCGUACUGUUCUGGUCAAGGCAGGCUGCAGACCCAAUGGGGUGAGCUCGUCGGCCGAGAUGCUGUUGCGGAGCGUUGCGGAGGUUUGGUCGCCUUCCCAGCCAAGUCGUCGUUUUCCUGCCUCGAUCAUGCGAGAAUAACGCUCGUGUACGCGACAUGCCUCGAACACACACGUGAGGAGGAGAUCGCAGCAGCUAUCUCCUCCAGUCGCCACCGCAUCGCCUUCGUCAUCUCACAAAACCAAGUCCUUGGCCUCGCCAGGUUCAAUAUUCCGGAGAGUGCCGGAGUUGAAUACUGGGCGCCUCGCGAAGGGACAAAGCUCAAGCUAAGCUAUCACGCCCCUGGCACGAUGUCCACCCGAAAUACCGUCUGCACGGCAAUCUGCACGCCGAACAUUUACAGCCUGCCAUACUCCGGAGUCACUCUUUUCUACCUUCCCCGCGCGAACCCGCUUUACUAUCUCAAGUACGCAGUGAAUGUCGGAGAAAGACCCAGAUAUCUAUUCGCAAACGCUUUGAUCGAGAUACCGCGCAACGGUGCACAGCGGCAGGUCAGCGCCAUAAACCGCCUAUGUGCCGAGCCGCAUCUCAUGCGUUUCUCGGAGUACCUCCUCAACCAAAAGGUUGAAGCGCGGCGCCCCGUGAACCCCCUCGCUCCCUUGCAAUCCGACGAAGCCGAGGCCCUCAAUGUUAUCAAGGAAACAUUGUCUAUCCAGGAAUGGUCUGACUCACAGGCCAAGUGCAUCGAGAGCAUGAACAGCUUUCCCGGCCUUUUCCUCCUUAUACAGGGCUAUCCUGGCACUGGCAAGACGUCCACGAUCGUUGCCAUGGCGUCAAUAUACGUGACUUGCGGCGGCCACGUCCUAUUUACUGCACCCUCUCACGAUUCUGCGGACGCCAUCUGCGAGACCAUUGAAAAGUGGAACGCCGUCGGCAAUACCAACAAUGUCAGCUAUGUCCGCGUCUACCGACAAAUUUCGGAGACGAAGGCAUUCCGCCGACAUGGAAAAGUCUACGAAGAGUUUCGGGAACAAGAGUGCGCCAAAGCCCCUGGAGUCAGGUCUGUUGUAGCCAACGUGGUGAAGUGGUCUCUGUCGAAUGUUCUUGGCAGGGUCGUGAGCCUUUUUGCAAAAGACCCCAUCCCAACUCCGGAAGAAGUCGCCGAGCCAGCUGUCGAGGAGGAGCCUGAAUACACACCCGCGGCCACCCAAGAGUAUGCCGACGCUGACGCCGGGUUCAUCGAUGAGGACGAAGGUUUUGUACCCCAGACCAUCCCAUUGGCCGAUCAGCUGGCAAUGAGCGGCUUCCUCAAGGAACUUAAAAAACACAACGCCACCAAGGGCUACUGCAUGCCCGACCAAAGCCUCGAGGCACACGUAUUCCGGCUUGCUUACACUGAAGGCCGAACUGUGAUGGCAAAUUUCCCAACAGAGGAACAAAUCGAGGCCGCAAAUACCAGGUUCUGGGUUGAUAGCGUGGAGAACGGUGAGAUCAUUCCAGACGGGCCACCAGUUGAUAUGCUCGCCGUACUGAGACUGUAUGCCGACAUGCUGAAGGAGUACGCCUUCGGACGGCUCGAGGAAGGCUUCGCUUCUCAAGCGUUGCUUGCCUUCAAGCGCGUGUGCAAGGCGGUUAUCCGCGAAGCGACCACCAUUGUCUGCACGAAUAACACCGCCGGCAAUGCUCUCAUUUAUUCCAACUUCGGUUAG